AUGAGUUUAUCAAGAUGCACAUUAAAUUCUUUAGUUAAUGGUUCUAAACGACUUUAUGAUUCCUGCCGCUUAUUAACUACAUCUCAACUAUUAUUGUUAUCCUCAUCUAAACAAGGUGUAAUUAAUAAACCAAGCGCUUACAAAGCCUUACUGAAAUCAUCAUCAGUUCGAUUGUGUAUAGAUGAGUUACCGAGUAGUGCAAAACAGUUUUUCAAUGUUCCUGUUAAUUCAUCAAAUAAAUCCCUUGAGUAUAUUGUUGUAUUAUCCAGUGAUGUGCAAAAGUUGAUUAAAAAGACUCAAUGUUCUGUCAAUCUUAUUGAAGACAAUUUACAACCACCUUUAAUCCAAUUAGUAUUAAAGGAUAAUGUAUCACAUUCAAAUAAAAAUCUACGAAAAUAUGGUAUUAAUUUACCGGAUAAUAUUCGACCAAAAAUUAUUGGAUUUAAUUCUAAUAUAGACGAAUGUAUGUUAAAUGUUCGGUUGAAACAGAUAGAGGAUUUCUUACAGGCGAAUUAUUCAGUUGUCAUUAUUGUUAAUAUUAUAAGCUUGAAAAAAUUGAUGGCCAUACGAAGCAGACAGUCUGUUGUAGCUGUUAAAACAGAUAUUCACAAAGAUCGAUCGAAUAAUGAACAAGAAGAAAUUCAAAACUUACAUAAGAUGGAGUGCGAUAGUGUUGUGAAGAAACUUAACAAAAUGCUUGAAAAUGUGCCUUGUAAAAUGCGUCAUGUGGAACGGCCUGAUACCUCAAAAGUGGUUAUGCUUGUAGAACCUGUAAAAUGA